CUUCGGGGCCGCCGGCUACGCGCAUGCGCCCUGGCGUCGCCGCUGUCGCCGCGGUGAGGGAAGUGGACGCGAUGGCUGGGUCCGCGUGGGUGUCCAAGGUCUCUCGGCUGCUGGGUGCAUUCCACAAUACAAAACAGGUGACGAGAGGCUUUGCUGGUGGCGUUCAGACAGUAACUUUAAUUCCAGGAGAUGGAAUUGGCCCAGAAAUCUCGGCCUCAGUUAUGAAGAUUUUUGAUGCUGCAAAAGCCCCUAUUCAGUGGGAGGAGCGGAAUGUCACUGCCAUUCAAGGACCAGGAGGGAAGUGGAUGAUCCCUCCAGAAGCCAAAGAAUCCAUGGAUAAGAACAAGAUGGGCUUGAAAGGCCCACUCAAGACCCCAAUAGCAGCUGGCCAUCCGUCUAUGAACCUAUUGCUCCGUAAGACAUUUGACCUUUAUGCCAACGUCCGGCCAUGCGUCUCAAUUGAAGGUUAUAAAACCCCUUACACGGAUGUAAAUAUUGUCACCAUCCGAGAGAACACGGAAGGGGAGUACAGUGGGAUUGAGCAUGUGAUCGUUGAUGGAGUUGUACAGAGCAUCAAGCUCAUCACAGAAGAGGCGAGCAAGCGCAUUGCUGAGUUUGCCUUCGAGUAUGCUCGGAACAACCACCGCAGCAACGUCACGGCUGUGCACAAAGCCAACAUCAUGCGGAUGUCAGAUGGGCUUUUUCUGCAAAAAUGCAGGGAAGUUGCAGAGAACUGUAAAGAUAUUAAAUUUAAUGAGAUGUACCUUGAUACCGUAUGUUUAAAUAUGGUACAAGACCCAUCCCAAUUUGAUGUUCUCGUCAUGCCAAAUUUAUAUGGAGACAUCCUUAGUGAUCUGUGUGCAGGUCUGAUUGGAGGUCUUGGUGUGACUCCAAGUGGCAAUAUUGGAGCCAACGGUGUCGCCAUCUUUGAAUCGGUUCAUGGGACAGCCCCGGACAUUGCGGGCAAGGACAUGGCCAAUCCCACUGCCCUCCUGCUUAGUGCCGUGAUGAUGCUGCGCCACAUGGGACUUUUUGACCAUGCAGCCAAAAUCGAGGCUGCAUGUUUUGCUACAAUUAAGGAUGGAAAGAGCUUAACAAAAGACCUGGGAGGCAACGCAAAGUGCUCUGACUUCACAGAAGAAAUCUGUCGCCGAGUAAAGGACUUGGAUUAGUACUCCUGCAGGGGGUUUGCUGUUCUUAGUCACUCCAGAAGGAUACCCUGUAAUCCUCCUCGAGAAUGCCCGCCAUUGGUUUGCUUGCUUCUUGACAGAGUACAUUUUCAAAUCUGGCCUUUUCUUAACCAGACCCUUGCAACAGACGCACAUGAUGGCCCUAGGCCUUCAUUCAGAGGGUUUUCCCAAGUGCUUGUUGUAUUUAUUGUCUGUCUGGUAAACCUUUUUUGUAAACUGUAAGUGAACUGUAUCAUUUACCAUUGUUACCCAUUUUACACGUCAGGCAAAAUAGUUUUCCCUCAACUGUAAAUAUUCUGAUACAGAAUUAAUAAGAGAAAAUAUUUAACUUUUUAACAAAAGCCCUGGUUUUGGUUUAUGAAAAACAUACUGGGAAUAAAACAGGGUUUUAACAAUCGCACAAGAUAACAUUCUAAGACUAAAUGGGCACAAAAGAAAUGUCUUGGGAAAGUUCACAGCAAAAACAGUAUAUUUCUUAGCAAUAUGGAAAAUAGAGAUAUUUGUCCUGUACAUGAAUUACUAUUAAUAAAAAUGUAAGCUCCAAAAAAUAUAUAAUGAACAAUGUAAUUUUGUUAAUAACAUAUAGGUAAUCCUUGAGUCAGAGCCCCAGAUGCCAUGUGUAUUCGAUUAUUUUGUUACCUUGAGAUGUACUAUUUUUUUGGGAGAACUCAAUUAAGAGAGGUCACUCCUCUUCACCAGACACAUUGUAAGUGAGUGUCAUUGAGCUGUGUGAACCCCUGAACUGACCUCUCAGUCGGGGAGCCAGCCCUGCAGAGUCACUCUUGUUGACCCUGGAAAGUCCUGGCCUCCUGUCAUGGCUGCAGUCGGGGAACCUGGAUUUAUAUUUCAUUGCUGCCCCUUCACUUCCCCCAGAGCACCCAGUCACUGCCUUCUGCCCCGGUAGCACCCACAAAAGACCCCACUGCAGAGGCAGAGCUGAUUCAGCCCAAACUGGGGCUCCUGUUGCCAGCUUCUGACCAUCAGGUUCCUGUCCUCAUCCCUCCCCACAGCCUCUGCACCACAGCAUGAAGCCAUCCUCUGGCCCACACCAAAGUCAAGCUGUCUCCCCUCAGCCCUUGUACCAGUUUGCAAACCCGUGGCUUUGCAUAAUGUACCCGGGUGACAAAGAGGAUUUCCUAACAACAGCUGUCCCCAUCUGGGUCGUUUUUUAAAGCUUUUAUUCAGAUUUACAAUCUGUAUUUUACUUUCAACGGCUGCUGUCUCUGUCUUACUGGAUUGUUCUAGUUAUCAGUGGCUUUGGGUUCACAGUAAUAAAGAAUUUGAAAACUGAC